CCCACUUCUAUUAUCUCCAACCUCACAAAAAACUAGGGGAAAAAUGAGGUUUUGGAUACUAGUUUUGUUCUCAAUCCUCUCCUUCUCCCUCGUCGCCUUGGCUCAACAAUGCGGUAGCCAAGCUGGAGGAAAACUAUGUGCAGGAGGGUUGUGUUGUAGCCAAUAUGGCUACUGUGGCAACACCUCGCCGUAUUGCUCUACUGGCUGCCAGAGCCAAUGUAGCCCUGGCGGUGGAGGAUCCCCGUCCACUCCAUCUACACCAACACCGACCCCGAGUGAAGGUGAUAUUAGCUCUAUCAUUAGCCGUAACCUCUUUGAUCAGAUGUUGAAGCACCGUAAUGAUGCCAAUUGCCCCGGUAAAGGGUUUUACACUUAUGAUGCUUUCAUAGCUGCUGCCAAGGCUUUUGGAGGUUUUGGAACCACUGGAGAUAUUGUGACUCGCAAAAGAGAGAUUGCGGCCUUUCUAGGCCAAACUUCACAUGAAACUACAGGUGGGUGGCCAACUGCGCCGGAUGGCCCAUAUGCAUGGGGAUAUUGCUUUGUUAAGGAACAAGGGAACCCUGGGGACUAUUGUGUUGCAAGUCAACAAUGGCCGUGUGCUCCUGGUAAAAAAUACUAUGGUCGAGGUCCCAUCCAAAUUUCAUAGUAUGUAAACUUUUUCCUCUCUCUC